UUCAGAGAUGUAGGUUUUCUUUGAUUUUAAAUUUAACAAAUCUGUCUAUAUUCUGUGAAAAGACCCUUUAAAGUGCCUUGAGAUUAUAUGUUGUUAAUUGGCACUAUAUACAGUAAGUACAUUUAUUUGAUUGUCAUGCAGUCUUGAAUAAGUCUAUACAUUUUAUUUAGUUUCAGUAUGCUUCUGUGCAGGGCGGUUUUAAAAGCUCUCUCUAAAAAGGGGAAACUGUACAAACAAAAAAAAGAGAACGCUUGACUUCCGCUUCACAGUUGACUCCUAGUCAUGGCUGUGGUUGUUCUGCUUCUUCUCAUCUUUGUGGUGGAUACAGUUAAAGGCUCUGAAACUCGGUUUGUGAAGAAAGGAUCGGACCUGCUGCUGGAUGUAGACAAAAAUGAAAUUAAACAAGGAGAUGAUUUUAGUUGGAAAUGUAACUCUACUUUUGUUGUAAAAUUUAAUAAUGGCACUCAACCCUCAGUCAUUGGGAAAUAUCAAGGUAGAGCAUCUUUUUUUAAACAAAACUAUUCUGUGGUAAUAAGAAAUGUUCAACAUGAAGACAGUGGAAACUAUAAGGCAAGAGCAGCUGGACUUGAAGAGAGGAUUAUAGCUGAUUACACUGUCACAGUCCAAGAUCCAGUGUCUCCAAUCAAAUUAACAAUAAAAUCAUUGGAUGUCCGGGACUGUAAUUUUACAGCAACUUGUAAAGUGGUGGAUUCUGAAGUUAAAGGCAUCUUUCAAUGUGACAAUCAGACCUGCCAUCCACUGAACAAACCAGAUUUGAAGGACUCUUCGCUGACGGUCUACGUACAGGAAGGCUCUGUUGUAUGUAACCAUAGCAACAACGUAAGCUGGACAAAUGAUACAAAGCCUUUUGUUUCUCUCUGCAAGAACGAACCAGAUGUUUUGUUGAUGACGUGAAAAAUAAUAACGGUAACUCCAUUGAAAUGAUUCAAAACUAAAGUAACGAGACAAGUGGUUGUUCGGCAGGGGGGCUUGGAGCACCGCUGUGGCUCAUUCAACGCUGUGACAGGGGAGCAAUGA